GAAAAAAAAAACAAUACAGCUUUUGCUGCGAUUACCUUCUCUCUUUCCGAUAUAUACCGCAGUUGUCGGAAAAGGAAGAGGGUGUAAUUAGCGACCAUCGUUAUGUGAAAGACGAGAAGCAUUUUUAUGGGAAAUGGAGACAUAUGGCGAUUUAAACACUAAAAUCCAAGAAAGAAGAGAGAAGUUAAAUAUUUUCAAAUUGACAUUGCAACCACAAGCUGUCAUUAUAGGCUCAUCAGAAACUGACAAAAGGCGUAGCUUUGUCAUUGUUGAUACAAUACGCUACGAAGUGGAAACACCAUUAAAAGCUAUAGAUAUAGCUUUCAAAUGUAUUCACAGUUUGCAUGCUGAAUAUCCUAAAGAAUGUGAACAAGUUUUUCUUUUUCUACAGAAAGGUAUCUACGGUAUUAAUACAAAAUAUGAUAAGAAAUUUAGUGCUGUUAGUACUUUGGUUAAGGAAUAUGAGAUUCUUUCCUUAUGAAAAACGCGUCUUUUAUUACAUAAAAUGUAUUUUAUUACAUUUGUCAUUAGUAUAGUUAUAAAACGUUUUCAUUUUUUUUUCAUUUUAUUUAAAGAAAUUUCUUUAAAAUUUUUUCUUAAAGAAUGUCCUUUAUUUCUUUUACAAGUUUGAUUCAAAUAUUUAUGUUUAUUUUGAAUAUUGUAGUUCCAAUGAAAAAAGACUGUAAUAAUACUGUAAAUUCUGUAAUACAGA